AUGGUGAGCGAGUACAAGAUCCGGAGCGUGCUCCUGCGCGUACUCAAGGGCCUCGAUGAGACGUUAGUCGACUACAUGGCGAGCAUGCUCAUGGACUUUGACGGGAGCGAGCCGCUCUCGGAGACGAUCGCGCCCUUCCUUGUCUCGUCGGGCUUUGCUGCCGACGACGACGUCGCUCUCAAGCACUGCGGUACGCUGCAGGCCGCGCUCGAGGCCGAGGGCCUCGUCGCCAAGGUGGUUGCCAACGAAGCCGAGUUCAAGAAGCUCGAGAACGUCCAGUCGAUCGAGGACAUGUCCCGCGCGAACGACGCCGAGAUGAACACGAUCAUGGAGCGCAUGUGGGGCUUCGAGAGCAUCCGCAAGACGAAGAACGAAAACAUGGAGGCGUGCGCGAACGCGCAGUCGCAGCGCCAGAUCCGCAAGGAGGCCAAGAAGGAGCUGCUCGAAGAAGAGCGCGAGCGCAUGGAGGCCGACGACGAUCUCGCGUGGGAAGACAUUCGCGUGCUGCCCGACAUGUCGACCGACAAUGGCGAGCGCGACAUCCACGUCGACAAGGUCACGCUGUCGUUCAAAGGCCAGACGCUCCUCAGCAACACGAACCUCAAGCUCAUCCACGGCCGCCGCUACGGCCUCAUUGGCAAGAACGGCGCGGGUAAGACGACGCUGCUCCGCUUCAUGUCGCACUACGACAUCGAGGGCUUCCCGCGCCACAUUCGCAUGCAGCACGUCGAGCAAGAGUCGGCGUCCAAGCUCAGCACCGAGACCAACAGUGUGCUCAGCGUCGUCCUGGCCUGCGAUUAUGAACGCACGCUGCUUCUCAACGAAGAGAAGGAGCUCCUUGCAUCCAACUCGAACCCGGACCGCCUCAACGCCAUCUACGACCGUCUCCAGCAAAUCGACUCGGACUCGGCCGAGUCGCGCGCGCGCACGAUUCUCGCGGGUCUCCAGUUCCCGGAGCACGUUGUCGACGGGCCGGCGAAGGCGCUUUCCGGUGGUUGGCGCAUGCGCACGGCGCUCGCCGGCGCGCUCUUCAUGUCGCCGGACCUCCUCCUGCUCGAUGAGCCGACCAACCAUUUGGAUUUGGAGGCCGUCAUGUGGCUCGAGAAUUACCUCGAGACGUACGAGAAGACGCUGAUUGUGGUGUCGCACGACCGGAACUUCCUCAACAUGGUCACGACCGACACGAUCUACAUGUACAAGCAGCAGCUCACGUACCACCGCGGCAACUUUGCGUCGUUCGAGCAGACGCAAGAAGAGCAUUUGCGCCAGCAACGCAAGGCGUACGAGGCACAGCAGAUGAAGGUCACGCACAUGCAAGAAUUCAUCGAUCGCUUCCGCUGCAACGCCAAGAAGGCGCCGCUCGUCCAGUCGCGUGUCAAGGCCCUCGAGAAGAUCAUGCGCACGGCGAUCGAAGAGCCGGAAGAUCCGCGGGCGUUCAAGAUGGUGUUCCCGCCGCCGGAGCCGUUGGGUCGACCAAUCAUCUCAGUGGAGAAUGUCGCGUUCCAGUACGCACCGGACAAGCCGCUGCUCUUCCGCGAUGUCAACUUUGGCAUCGACAUGUCGAGCCGCAUCGGUAUCCUCGGUGUGAACGGGUCGGGCAAGAGUACGCUCAUCAACCUCAUCCUCGGCAAGCUCGAGGCGACGGAAGGCAAGACGGUCCGCAACCCGCGCGUGCGCAUCUCGACGUUCACGCAGCACCACGUCGACUCGCUCAACUUGUCGCUUUCGGCUGUCGAGAACAUGAAGGAGAUGUUCCUGGGCCAUGAAAUCGACGAGUUCCGCAACCAUCUCGGCCGCUUCAACCUCUCGGGUGAGCUCGCAAUGAAGCCGUGCCGCAAGCUCUCGGGUGGCCAAAAGUCGCGCGUCGGGUUUGCGAUUCUGACGUGGCGCCUCCCGCACGUCGUCGUGCUCGAUGAACCGACCAACCACUUGGAUAUCGAAACCAUCGACGCGCUCAUCGACGCGCUCCGUGGCUACAAGGGUGGCGUCGUGAUCGUGUCGCACGACCAGCACUUUGUCAACAGCAUCUGCGACGAGCUCUGGGUCGUCGGCGACACCAAGGUCUCCAAGUUUGGCGGUUCGAUGGCCGACUACAAGAAGGCCAUUUUGAAAAAUUAG